AUGGCAGCAACCAAGACCUGGGUACUCUCUUUCCUGGUCCUGGAGUUCACCACCGUGCUGGGGAGACAGACAAUGCUAACCCAGUCAGUGAGAAGAGCCCAGCCUUCGAAGAGGACCUCUAACAACUUCGCCAAGCCUGCUGAUUCCCCAGAGAGUCCUGGUGAGUGGACAACUUGGUUUAACAUCGACCACCCAGGUGGGCAGGGUGACUAUGAGCGAUUGGAUGCUAUUCGCUUCUACUAUGGGGAGCGUGUGUGUGCCCGUCCCCUGCGGCUAGAGGCCCGGACCACUGACUGGAUGCCUGCGGGCAGCACUGGCCAGGUGGUCCAUGGCAGUCCCCGUGAGGGCUUCUGGUGCCUCAACAGGGAACAGAGACCAGGCCAGAACUGCUCCAAUUAUACAGUGCGCUUCCUCUGCCCACCAGGGUCCUUGCGACGAGAUAUGGAGCACAUCUGGAGUGCUUGGUCUCCCUGGAGCAAGUGCUCAGCUGCCUGUGGUCACACUGGGGUUCAGACCCGUACCCGCACCUGCUUGGCACAGACAGUGUCACUGUGCAGUGAGGCUACUGAGGAGGGCCAGCUCUGUGUGAGCAAGGCCUGCACAGCCUGUGACCUGACCUGCCCCAUGGGUCAGGUGAAUGCUGACUGUGAUGCCUGCAUGUGCCAAGACUUCAUGCUUCAUGGGGCCAUCUCCCUCCCUGGAGGUGCCCCAGCUCCAGGGGCCACUGUCUACCUACUGGCCAAGGCACCAAAGAUGCUGACCCAGACAGACAGCGGCGGGAGGUUCCGAGUUCCUGGCUUGUGUCCUGAUGGCAAGAGCAUCCUGAAAAUCACCAAGACCAAGUUUGCUCCAAUUGUGUUGACAAUGCCGAAGACUAGCCUGAAGUCAGCUACCAUCAAUGCAGAGUUUGUGAGGGCAGAGACUCCAUACAUUGUAAUGAACCCUGAGACGAAAGCACGGCGUGCCGGGCAGAGUGUGUCCUUGUGCUGCAAAGCCACAGGGAAACCCAGUCCGGACAAGUACUUCUGGUACCACAACAACACAUUGCUGGAUCCCUCCCUCUACAAGCAUGAGAGCAAGCUGGUGCUGAGGAAUCUGCAGCAGGACCAGGCAGGGGAGUACUUCUGUAAGGCACAGAGUGAUGCUGGGGCUGUGAAGUCCAAGGUGACCCAGCUGACUGUCAUUGCACAUGAUGAGAGUCCUUGCGACCCAACCCCUGAGGGCUACCUUAUCCGGCUGCCCCAUGACUGCUUCCAGAAUGCCACCAACUCCUUCUACUAUGAUGUAGGCCGCUGCCCAAUCAAGACCUGCGCAGGGCAGCAAGACAAUGGGAUCCGGUGCCGGGAUGUUGUGGAGAACUGCUGUGGUAUCUCCAGAACAGAGGAGAGGGUGAUCCAGUGCAGUGGGUACACAUUGCCCACCAAAGUGGCUGUGGAGUGCAGCUGCCAGCGAUGUGCAGAGACACGGAGCAUCGUUCGGGGCCGAGUCAGUGCUGCUGACAAUGGGGAGCCCAUGCGCUUUGGCCAUGUGUACAUGGGGAAUAACCGUGUGAGUAUGACUGGCUACAAGGGCACAUUCACCCUUCACAUCCCCCAGGAUACAGAAAGGCUGGUGCUCACAUUUGUGGACAGGCUGCAGAAAUUUGUCAACACUACCAAAGUGCUGCCCUUCAACAGAAAGGGAAGUGCAGUGUUCCAUGAGAUCAAGAUGCUUCGGCGGAAAGAGCCUAUCACGCUGGAAGCCAUGGAAACCAACAUUAUCCCCCUGGGAGAGGUGGUUGGUGAAGAUCCUGUGGCUGAACUGGAGAUUCCAUCCAAAAGUUUCUAUAGGCAGAAUGGGGAGCCCUUCACAGGAAAGGUGAAGGCCAGUGUGACCUUCCUGGAUCCUCGGAAUAUUUCCACCGCAACAGCUGCCCAGAGUGACCUGAACUUCAUCAAUGAUGAAGGAGACACCUUUCCCCUUCGAACAUACGGUAUGUUCUCUGUGGACUUCAGAGAUGAGGUCACUUCUGAGUCACUUAAUGCUGGCAAGGUGAAGGUCCACCUUGACUCGACCCAGGUCAAGAUGCCAGAGCAUGUGCCAGCCAUGAAACUCUGGUCGCUCAACCCAGACACAGGGCUGUGGGAAGAGGAAGGUGAUUUCCAAUUUGAAAGCCAAAGAAGGAACAAGAGGGAAGAGAGAACCUUCCUAGUAGGAAACAUGGAGAUCCGUGAGAGGAGGCUCUUUAACCUGGACGUCCCUGAAAGCAGAAGGUGUUUCAUCAAGGUGAGGACUUACCGGAGUGAGAGGUUCUUGCCCAGUGAGCAAAUCCAGGGGGUUGUAGUCUCAGUGAUCAAUCUGGAGCCCAGAACUGGCUUUUCAUCUAACCCCAGGGCCUGGGGCCGAUUUGACAGUGUCAUCACAGGCCCCAAUGGGGCCUGCUUGCCUGCCUUCUGUGAUGACCAGUCCCCUGAUGCUUACUCUGUCUAUGUCUUGGCAAGCCUUUCUGGAGAAGAACUAGAGGCAGUAGAAUCUUCUCCCAAAUUCAACCCAAAUGCAAUUGGUGUCCCUCAACCCUACCUCAACAAACUUAAAUACCGUCGGACAGACCAUGAGGAUCCACGGGUUAAAAAGACGGCUUUCCAAAUCAGUAUGGCCAAGCCAAGACCUAACUCAGCUGAAGAGAGCAAUGGCCCCAUCUACGCCUUUGAGAACCUUCGGGCCUGUGAAGAGGCACCACCCAGUGCGGCCCACUUCCGGUUCUAUCAGAUUGAGGGGGAUCGCUAUGACUAUAACACAGUUCCUUUCAAUGAAGAUGACCCCAUGAGCUGGACUGAAGACUACCUGGCAUGGUGGCCCAAGCCAAUGGAGUUCAGGGCUUGCUACAUCAAAGUAAAGAUUGUGGGGCCACUGGAGGUGAAUGUACGAUCCCGCAACAUGGGGGGCACCCAUCGGCAGACCGUGGGAAAGCUAUAUGGGAUCCGAGAUGUGAAGAGUACUCGGGAUAGAGACCAGCCUAAUGUCUCAUCUGCCUGCCUGGAGUUCAAGUGCAGUGGAAUGCUCUAUGACCAAGACCGUGUAGACCGCACAUUAGUGAAAGUCAUCCCCCAGGGCAGCUGCCAUCGAGCCAGCGUUAACUCUAUGCUGCAUGAGUACUUGGUCAACCACCUUCCACUGGCAGUCAACAAUGACACCAGUGAGUAUACCAUGCUGGCACCCCUGGACCCUCUGGGCCACAAUUAUGGUAUCUACACUGUCACUGACCAGGACCCCCGUACAGCUAAGGAAAUAGCACUUGGCCGGUGCUUUGAUGGCACUUCUGAUGGCUCUUCCAGAAUCAUGAAGAGCAAUGUGGGAAUUGCCCUGACCUUUAACUGUGCUGAGAGGCAGGUAGGCCGCCAAAGUGCCUUCCAGUACCUCCAAAGCAUACCUGCCAGGUCCCCAGUUCCAGGCACCAUCCAAGGAAGAGCACCCUCCAUGAGGCAACAGCGGGCAAGCAGGGGUGGCUUGCGCCGGCGUGGAGAAGUGGUGCCCCUGAGAUUUUCUGGGGAUGCUCAACAACCUCUGAGCAAUUAA